AUGAACCCUUUCGCCCAGCUCAAGGAGAACCAGGAGCAGGGGGCCUUCUCGCCUCCUGUGCAAGCUCCAGCGGAAGAGUCGUCAUCGGCUUCUCAAAAUGACACGCAGCAGGCCAACAACAACCCUUUCGCGCGUCCGGUCAAGAAUCCUUUCGCGCAUCUUCCCACCGCCAGUAGCCCCUUGGGGGCUUUGCCAGCCGCCAAAAAUCCUUUUGCUCAUCUGAGGAAGAACUCACCAUCAGUGGCAGAAUCGUCAUCAGAGUCUGCAAAUGUCCCGCGUCCUCGGGCAGCCGGCAAGAAGCAGCCCGCAAGCAAUCAUUUCGCGCCUUCAACUAAGAAUACAUCCACCCAUUUUCCCACUGCCAAUAGCCCCUUGGAGGCUUUGCCAGCCGCCAAAAACCCUUUCGCUCAUCUAAAAAAGAACUCAUCGUCAGUGGCAGAGUCAUCAUCUGAAGAAUCGUCAUCUGAUUCUGCACGUGGCUCGCAUGCCCAGACAGCUGGCAAGAAGCAGUCAGCAAGCAAUCUUUUCGCUCGUGGCGCAAAGAAUUCCUUCCCCCACCUGCAAGAGAAGCAUAUGCAGGAGUUUUCGAAGCUGCAGACGAACAAUGCCUUCACUAAACCUUCCGCCUACCAGGAUCGCUACGAAGAGCUCAAACUCAAUCGCGCGAAUGAGAGGACUAAAGCCAUCCAAGAUGGCCACAUGGCCGAUCCGAAGCAGCCAACUUCUCUCAACAAGGCCAUUACCCCUGUUGGCACAUGCACCCAGAUGUGUCCAGAAUUUGAGCGUGUUGAACGCAUCGUGCAAAAGAUGGUCGACAAGUGUGAAAAGGCCAUCGAUCCUGUUACCGGCUCAAUGGAACCAAAGGAAGGUCGAAUGUUGAAGAGAUUUCGCCGCUCGGCUGCAGGGUACGAUGAGCAGUUGCCAUCCGAUAUCCGUACGCCCGCGACGCUUCUCCAAGCAACGAACUAUCUCAUCCGGUAUAUCAUUAAUGGCGACGAGCCCCUUGGAAUCAUUCACAAGUUUGUCUGGGAUCGGACGCGCUCCAUCCGAAACGAUUUAUCUGUCCAACAGCUCACGGAUGAAUCCCAGGUCGACAUGGCUGUGAAAAUUCUGGAGCGAAUUGCGCGAUUCCAUAUUGUCUCUCUCCACCUCCUUUCCAGCCCGUCGAAUGAAGAGCCAUUCGACCGGCACCAAGAGCGCGAACAGUUGAAUAACACUAUGUUGUCGCUCAUGUACUACUACGAUGAUAACCGGGGUCGAAUGCAGUUCAAGAACGAAGCCGAAUUCCGUGCAUAUCACAUCAUCCUAUCGAUUCACGACCAACGCCAUGAUCUUGAAGCCCGUGUCCAGAAGUGGCCAGCGUCGCUGGUGGAGUCUGACCAAGUCAAGGUGGCACUGGAGCUACACGCUGCAGCCUGCAAUACUUGGGAGCACCAGGGAGCCCUUUCUGUGUCUCGGGCGAAUGCCAUUGCUCAAGGCUUCUAUUCCCGCUUUUUCAAUAUCCUUGAUUCCAAGAGUGUGUCGUACCUAAUGGCAUGCGUGGCCGAAAUCUAUUUCAAUUCCGUACGACAAACCGCAGUUCGAGAUAUCUGGGAAGCUUACUGCCGUACACCGGUCAGACAGCAACACAAGAACGAGGAAUGGACGCUGGCGCAACUUACACAGAUACUGCGCUUUGAUAAUGAUGAACAGACCAAGAAAUUCUGUGAGGAUAAUGAUCUGCAGUUUGCCGAAAACGAAAAGGGCCUCUAUCUCAACUGGGGAAACCGCCCUAUUGAUUCCGUUGGAUUUGCACCCUCCUCAGAACACUCAUUCUCUCAGAAUCAUGUUGAGUCCAAGCGAGCCGGAAGAAAUCUUCCCGCUGUUAUCCUUGGGAUGAGCAUUCAACAAGCAAUGAUGACGGGCAUGAUGGAUAUGUCGACCCUACCUAAGGCCACGUCAAUGCCCAUUAUGGCACCCCAAUUGAUGCCUCUCCAAGAGUCGGCCUCUUCGGAGAGUGACGAUCCGAUGGUGGAGGGUGAGGAGUGCACUCCUGAAUCUAUCCGACUUCCAGAGCCGACCCCCUCAGAGGACAAUGAUCUGGUUAUGGAGGAAGAGGAGCGUUCUCCUGGAUCGGUGCCACUGCCGGAACAGACACACUCUGUGUACGAGGACCUGGCCAUCGACAAGAAAGGGGACCUUGUACAACCCGCUGAAACGGCCGCUUUCGUGGGAUCUAUAUCCCAGCCCGCUGCGCCAGAUCCAGCGCCAGCUCCUGCGCGCCUCUCUCCCUCGCCCGCCCCAGUACCAGCACCAACUCCGGCAGCGGACGCGGAACUAACAACAAGCCGUCCUUCUAUGGCCCCGGCCCCUCUGGAGGAAUGUAUACCUUCUCUACCCGCACAGAAGCGGCCAUUAGAGAUAUUCGACACUGAGAAAACUCCAGAUUUGGGCCAAUCGACAUCUGCAGGCUCUCCGGCUUCUGCCCAGAACCCCGACAAGAAGCGGAAAUUUGGGGACAGUCCUCCUCGGUAUGAAUCAGAGGCCGAGGAACGAGCAGCCUGGCUGGCCAUGAUCCGUAGAGUGAAGGAAGGAGAAGCACGGGAGAUGUUAAAGCGACAGAAGAAACAAAGCCUGCGAGAGAGCAAACAAAGGAGGCGCCAAUCUGAGGAAUCGAAGGAUACAGAUUCCUCCAGCUCAAACCCCCCCACAGCCCUCAAAGGCACGGCGGAUGGAAAUCCCAACGCUCCCAAUUCUUGA